AUGGAGCAGCCAAUCGGUGUGCUUAUGAUAGGCGCUGGCGAGUACACCGUAGGGUUUGUACCGACCAAGGAGGGAGCUGCGAGCGACAAGUCUGUAGGAGUCAUCGCCAUCACAUUGAUGGACCUCCGCCGUCUGGGUAAAGUGCAGCGGCUGCUGCUGUGUGACCGCUCCGGGCGGCACUUCCCCGCGAUAAGGGAGACGCUGCAGAGGAAGAUUGCAGACGUGUACCGAGACAUGGAUGUGACUCUCGAGACUUAUCCUCCAGACGAUGUGCAGGAGGAUGAGGCAGCAUACCUAGCAGCAAUGGCGCGCAUGCAUCCAGGAGACAUGGUCACCAUCUUCACUCCAGACAACACGCACUACCCCAUCGCCCUCGCAGCUAUUCAACACGGGCUGCAUGUGCUUGUAGCGAAGCCAGCAGUGAAGACCCUCCAACACCACCACCACCUCGUGCAAGCAGCAGAAGAAAAGGGUGUGCUGGUGGCCGUUGAGUUUCACAAGCGGUUUGACCCCAUCUACACAGACGCGCGCGACCGCAUCAGGGGUCUGGGUCCUUUUGCCUUCUUCGCCAGCACCAUGACUCAGCCAAAGAAGCAGCUGCACACGUUUGCAGGCUGGGCUGGCAGGAGUUCAGACAUCUCCUUCUACCUCAACUCGCACCACAUUGAUUUCCACGCGUGGGCAGUGCAGGGGCAGUCGCGGCCAGUGGUGGUGGUGGCGAGUGCUGCGAGGGGGAAGGCCACCCAAGUGCUGCACGAGGCACGGGGAGAUGCAGCUGCUGGGGCGGUGGAUGUGGAGGAUGCAAUCACCCUCAUGGUUCAGUGGGAGAACAAGGGCGGCUCUUGUGGCACCGCAGUGUACACUGCAAGCUGGAUUGCCCCUCCUUCUGACUGCCACACACAGCAGUACUUUCACUACAUGGGCCACCAGGGUGAGGUGCGAGUGGAUCAGGCUCAUAGAGGAUUCACCAUGUCAACUGAUGCAGCUGGCUUUGCUACACUCAACCCACUGUACAUGAAGGUAUGUUAA